GAAAGUUGCACGCAGCCAGGCAGCUUCGCCUCUCGCAGCACAAUGGCACCCGCUAACAUCCCUUCACUUGGAGAGGGGAGUAUGUAACUGAGUACCACCUGGGUUACACAUGUAAUAAAUACAGUCCCUGCUGCAAAGAGUAUACAGUCAAGGAUAAGUCAGAUGACAGGAGCCUCCUUGAUUCAAAUACCAGGAAAAACUCAGCCAGCACAAAGCCAAGCUUCGGGGGGCAAAAAAACUCCACACACCCAUCAGAAAAAAAAGUUCAUCAACAUGGGAAAAGAGGAGAAGACAUCCCAGCAUAACACGUCCCUUAAUAACCAGAAUCAGACAGGGAAGGCACCUGGAGGGGAGGAAAGCACCGAUCCAGCCAAGAAGCAAGAGGCAGCAAUGAAGAAGGACAAAGCCAAGGGGGAUCCCAAAACAGGCCAGGAGGAGGAAUCCCACACUUGCUGUGGCUGCCGUUUCCCGCUGUUGCUUUCACUGUUGCAGCUGGUGUUAGGCAUCUCUUUAACAGUGCUGGGCUUCAUUAUGGCAGGCAUCAGCUCUUCUUUACUAGUCAGAGACACUCCAUAUUGGGCUGGGAUAAUUAUUUGCAUGGUGUCCUUAGUGGGACUUGUUAUGCUUUGCAUUUCAUACCAACCUGAUGAGAAGACAUGUAUGCAGUUUGCUGCAAAGCUGAUGUACUUUCUCCUCAGCACCAUGGGUCUGAUUACCUGUGUUUUGGCAGUGGCUUUUGCUGCACAUCAUUAUUUACAAAUUACACAGUUUACCUGUGAUACCAUCCUCAAUACCUGCCAGUGCAAACUGGACACUUCAGAUCCCCUCAGCAGGACCUUCAUUUACCAAGAUGUAUCUGACUGUACCAGUGUCACCAGCGCUUUCAACCUGUAUUUACUCCUGCAGAUGGUUCUUAAUCUGAUUGCAGCUAUUGUAUGUUUGGUGGUGUGCUUUGUGAUGUGGAAACACAGAUAUCAGGUCUUUUAUGUGGGCACUCGGUUAUACUCAUUAACUUCUACUGAAAUCCAGCAACAGAAAGUGUAGGAUUUUUGUGAAGAGGGAAUGAAAAGGUUCAGUUUGGUACCAUGUAGACACCACAAAUGGGUUAAUGUUUAUAAAAAAUUUUGACAAGGAAAAGCAUUGACGAAAACUGAAUGAAUAAAUUUAUAUUUUUCAGUCAUUUUAAGAAAAAUUCUUAUGGCAGCUAUAGCAAAGGUCCCUUUUGGGAAUAUCUAGCUCAAGAUGCAUCAUAAAGACCCGAAGAUGUAGCUUUACAAAUACCCUUCAAAAAGCAUCUUUAAUAUAGUUUUCAAGGGCGACUAGAGGGUAACCCAAGUUUGAGGUACCUGACUUGAUGCUCAUUAAAGUAGGAUGAUUUUUAGAGAACAGAAACCCCAUGCUUUCUGAAAAUAAAACCAGUUCCAGGUAACUCAAAUUAGUCUCCUCAAAACUGAGGAACACACGCCACCCUGGAAAUCAUGUAUUGAAAUGAUCAGUACUCAUAAAACUGCUGUUUAUCCAGUUACACUAGUAUUUGUUUAUCCAGAGUACUAAAGGCCAAACUCAUUUUUGGCAUAGCUUCUCCAGAAACAAUAGAUAUAUACCAGGGGAGCAUUAGGCACAACAACCUUCAAAGACACAUUACUCCAUAAAGAAAUGGGCAAGUUAAGUAGGUAUGCCUGAUUUUCUAAGAAUAUAAUCUGUUCCCAAUGAGUACAUGACCAUAAUGACUUCUAAUUAUGAUAUAACAAUCCUGUUUUUCCUCCUAAGGCUCCCAGUUGGGAGUCUGAUUUUCUUUCAAUUUGCCCCUUCUGUAGGUAAUGUGCACUAGUGCAAAGUGGACACCAGAUCUUUGGGGGUGAAUGAGGAAUUCUGAUUUGGUAGUGCUGUGCAUGGAUGAUACUGACUCCAAAAGGGCAAAGCUUUGGAGAGUCAACCCUGUACAAUAAGGGAUUCCUUAUCAUCCACUGAAGUCACUCCACUCGAGAUGGAAUAGAACAGCCAUCAUGUACCAGCAAGACUGUUCAACAACAGGGUCCUCUGGCAUUCCAUAGUGCUCCUCUCUCCUCCCUUCUCCCUGCCCCCAGCAAGGGGAGGGGGAGAAAGAGCAGAGCAGACCAUCAAUAAGUGCUCUCCUGCCACUCUACCUCUGCUUUCCAGUGAACUUGCAUAGAUCCCUGGGCCCUCCUGGCUGCUGCUUCCCACCUGCCUAGAGUGCCAGGAGUGGCAACACCAACAGCUACCAGAGUGCUGUGGUUCCUGACAGCUGGGGAGCUCCUCCCAGCCAUUCUCAGCACAUGAGACCCUUGUGCCCUCAGACCCCCAUGCCUCCAGACAUUGGUGCCACUACCCCGCCUCUCUAUCCACCGGUCUCCAUGAACUUCUCUGGUUCCAGUGGUGGGGAGGGGCAUGAGGUCUCUUGUCCCCCUGUUUUGGUGGGAAUGGAGCUGAGGCAAGAGGCAGGAGAGAGCAUCCACCAACAUCAGGUCCACUCCAGGAGAUGGGGCUACAGAGUGGUACUGACAGUCCUCUCUUCUCCUCUGGUCCUUUGGUGGGGGAGUGAACCUGCUGGUCAUUGCAGCCAGUAUUAAGGGGGAGUAAAAAAGGCAUCUACCCCCAGACUUUGGUGGGGUGGGGCAGAAUAAUUGCAGCCACCACCACUGCCCCAUGCACUGCCACUGCUCAGGCUGCAAAACUGCCUAACUACACCUCUGGCUGCACCCUCCUGUAGUACCCAGUGGCUGGAGAACACACUGCUAUAGGCAGCCACAGUGAUUUUGAAGCAGUCUUGCUGGGGGCUAUGACAGGGUCUAUACAUGCAUCCAGCAGCUCAUAAUGUUGUGUUUUGAAAUGUUUUCCAGCUUAUUACACUUGGAAACAUUUCAAAUGAUAAGUCUACACCCUUUGUGUCCACCAAAUUACAGGCACAAGCAGUUUUUCACCCGAAGCUGUUUGCCUGUCUUGUCAGUGUUACCCAAGUGGACACUCUGAUUCCAAAAUAGUCUUAUACAAUUUGAGGUGACAAAGAGUUCUGAAAGAAGCUGGGUGCAGUGGAAUUCAAUUAUAGCAUUGAUUCAAGACUUACAACUGCCACCAUCACUACCAUUUUAGGAACUGAAGUCUUCCAUUGACUUCAGUAGGAGUUCAUUGAUUAUUACAUCUGAAUAGUCUCUACUUGGAGGAGUAUUUAGCUCCUUAAAUGAAAUGUACAUAGACAUAACCUUUUAAUCUUUCAAGAAUUGUUGGGCAUGUCUACAUGUUCAAUUAAUGUGCCUUAGGUAAUGCACAUUAAAUCUAGUACCUACAUUAUGAGGAACUGGGAAAAUGCACAUUAACCUUUUUUAAUGCACAUUAGCUAAAGAGCACAGGGGUUUUUUUGUGGUGCUUUAAUGUGCAUUAAAAUAAGCUAAUGCGCAUUAAAGCACACAUGUAGAUAUGCAUAGCCUAUAGGUAGUUCAACCCUCAAAGGAAGGGGAUCCAAGGAAGAUAGGCAUAGGCAACACGUAGGGAGGCUACAAGGGGGCAUGUGCCCCCCCCCUGAAAUUAGCCCUUGCCAGCUGGAGAGUGGGGGUGCUGAGAGAAGUGCCAGCCCCCCCCCCCCCCCCCCCCCAAGAUUGGUGCCAGCUGGGGAGUGGGGGCACUGAGAGAAGCGCCAGAGGCACUUCCAGUUUUGCCUGCAGCACUUCUGGUUUUGCUGCUGGCGCUUCUGGGGUCAGCAAUCAGCCACUGGUGCCCCCCAGACUCAGGAGGCACCAGUCGCCCAUUAGGAUGGGGAUAUCUGUGCCUAACAGUUCCUUCUCAGGGUUGCUUCAUUCCAGCUGUGCUAACAGUAAUUCCCAGGUGUAGGCCUAUGCCAGGUUCUGUGGUAUCUUUUCAGGAUAAUGGGCUACAAAAGGGAAUGAUGUGCAUUCCACCUAGUUCCUCUCAUCUGUUCAUUCAUCCCCUCUGGCCCAACAAGUUAUAUUCCCAUUCCCAGGACAGACCUUAUAUGCAUAAAGUGGACUCUUCCAGGCCCAGAACUUGGGGGCAUUGGUGUUGCACAGGGGACCACACUCCCUUUAGCACAACAACUGAGAGAGGGGCAUAUGACAGCACCCAGUAUAUAUGGAAGAAGGAGGCUAUUAAAUUGUCUGGGUUUUAGGGCUUGAUCCUGUAUCACUGAAGUCAGUAGGAUUCAGGGCCAAAUUUUCCUAGGUGACCUGGAAAGCUAAGCCCCAUUUCCAAACAUGACUUGGGGAAGGUCACUGCUACCUAGUGGGUGGGUCUGGGAGUGGCCCUAACUCAAAUAUGCUGACCAUCCACAGAGAUGCCAAGGAUGAAUCACUAUAGGUAUGCCCUGUUAAUAUGCCCUCCCUCUGAAGCUUCUAUUGCUACUAGACAUACCCUUAGGCACUCUGUGGCCUCUACCUUAUAAGGCGACUUGGGCUUCCCAGUUCCUUUUGUUGUUUCUUUGGGAAGUUUCACCCACCAUUUUUGGUUGUAAAUGCAAGUAGUUUAACACCAUUAUUUAAACAGUACCUUUGUCUGAACUUGUUUCCUUCCUAGCACCAAGGGGAUUAGUAGUAGUAUUAGUGAUAAGAAUGAGUGAGUCAUUUUAGUUUUGUAAAAUGAGUUUUGCUAAAUGUUUUUAAAGGGAAAGUUUGAAAUAAUGAGGGCCACCCACCACUAAAGCUCAUGCCAUUUGGCAUUUCUAGCAGUAUCAGUGGAAGGCUGAGCAUCAAAUGGAAAAAGAGACUGAACUACCCUCCUACCAAAGUCAUGAGGCUGAUUGGCAGGACAGCAUGGUGAAGUUUGAUCUGCAAUUGCUUGUACUGUAUUUCCGCUCAGGCUGAUUAUUUACAAAUGUUAAUCCUCUGACCUUCAUCUCUUUCCCCUUUUUUCAGUCUUUCUUCUCCAUAAUCUGUUAGGUCCUGGGCCACAUGCCACCUCUCUCUUCUUAGAGGUAGGCUUUGACUUUCUUAGUGGCCUCUGGCUUGCAGGAAGUUUAAAUUGACUUUAACUAGGCUUUCGGCAACAAUAAAUAUAUUAUCAUGAUGAACAUAGAUUUGUCAUGAAAGAUUUCAGAGUGGCAGUGUUGAUACUGGUGAGAUACCCAUCCCUAGAAAUACGUGUAUUGUAGUUACAGCACAUCUUUGCUUUUAAACUAUGUUGCAGAAUUCUCAACACUAAACAGUCCAGUGCAGCUUAACUUUGUGUUCUGGAAGGGAAAAGAAAGCAAUAUUCAUUGUAUAUUAUUCAAAUAUGUGAGGUUUAAAUACAUGGGAGAUUUUGAACCAGCAAAGAAUAACUUCUACAUUUCCUCUUUAUAUGUCUCAAGAGCAUAAAACCAAAACAGAGAAGACGACUACCAGGAAACAGACGUGGUAGCUAUUUUGAACCAGUGUUCUUCUGGCCAUGGUUUUAUAACAUACUUUUUUUCAUAUGUGAAAUCUCGAAAGCUUUAAUUAAAGAAAUAGUUAAUUUCAUUCUAUCAGCAUAUUCAAAGAGUGUCCACACUUGCCCCAAUGGAAGUGAAUGUCUAAAUUCACACAGAAUCCAGUGGAAGAAUGAUUGAGACCUAAAGUUCUAGAAAAGUAUCAGAGAUGUAAAGGAUAAAAAAAAUAUUUUAGUCCUAGAAAUGUAUCUUCAUUAAAAGUUCUAUGGAACUUGACAAAGCUUAAACAGCACGAGUCAUAUAGAAGUUAAGAAGGGUCUAUCCAAGUUAGUCUCAAAUGCUAGGUAUGAGUCACAUCUACCCUAUAGCCAUUUAACACUGGUCUGGUAGGGCCAGGAUGCCUUAAAGAGGGCAUAAAUUACAUUUCCACCCACUUUAUGGCCUCUUUACACUGCUAAAAGGGCUUUAGUGUAAAUGAGAAUUAAGGACUUUGAGAACUUGACUGAGAAUAAAAUUGUUUCUAGAGACUGUUUUAGACCAUCUUGUUGAACUCUAUAUCUGGGAUAAAAUUCUUCACUGAAUUUUAUAACCUGUUUUAAGAUCAUAAUUUUCUAUUAAAUCCUGAUCCAUAAGACUUUUCCAAGCAGGCCAAAGCCUGCUUCUAUAAUCCCUUAGUCAUGUGAGUAGAGUAGUCCCACUGAACACACACAAACAGUGAUGUUGCAUGAGUAAUAUUACAGAAAAAGGAAAGAAAAGAAAGCAGCAGCUUUGCUCUGGGUUUGAGGAAUUUUGAUGUUGUGUUAUGCAAAUACUGAAGUUACAAUAAUGGCAACAAAAGAGGAACUGAGAUACACAACAUUACAUUUAGCAAAAUGUCAGAGUCUAAAACUGUCAAUGAGCCAAGGCAGUGACUGUUUCUUAUAAGCCAUUUGCACAACCCUCCUCCUCCACUAGUAAUAAACGAAACAAGACUCGGAAGGAAGGGGAACUGCUGGGAUUUGGCUCUGCGCGAGAGAUGAGGAACACAGCAGCCGAGACAUACAGGCUUUGUAAGCAAGCCCACACUUUCAGACUGUGCCUUCACGUGAUCACCAUCUGUGCCUUCCCAGCUCUGUCCAGCUCUGUGUGGGCAGCUCCUUGGAGCUUUGCCUAAAAACUCAAGCUACACUAGAGCUCUGGAGACUGUAAUCAAAUAACAGGGCUAAUGUUUUCUCUUACUGUGUCUACUAAAUUGUGUGAUGUUUACUUGAGGCUUCUUAAAAACAGAGACCACUGUGUUUUGUGUCAGAGAAGCCACCGUGCACAUGUUCUAUAUUUAGGUUCCCAGGAUGCCAGGCCCUCUUGAAAUUUUCAUACUCCCCAUGCCCCACCCACCCACACAUGUACACAUGCUUAUAUCUGGAAAAUGUUUUUAGAUAUUAGUAAAGGGUGUGGGCAGGGGGUAUACAAGGGAGGCAUGGAGGAACAACAGUAAAGGGGUAUUUAGGCACAAAGCUUAAAAUCUCCUUGAGGAGGCAGAUCACUGUUACUAUAAUGUACCUUGUGGCUUCCUAUAAUUCUUAUAGUAUAUAUGAAGUGAGAGUCAGAUUAUCAGCUACGGCAAAACAAUGCAGCUUUGCUGCCUUGAAGACUCUGGCUCUGUGUCUUUCUGUAGUAAAAAUCAGGAGAGGACACCAUGUUUUUACUCAGUUAAUCAAAGAGGUCUGACGUACUUACUGGUUUGUAUUCUUUAUUGAGCUAAUCCUUUUCUGAGGUCGUUUUUACAAAGCUGUACCUCUUAUAAAUACAGGCUCACCAUAACCUUAGUGCUUGUAGCCAGCUAUCUGGUAAUAUUCAUUUUGGUGCUUCCUUGUGUUCAAGUCUAUGCACUUCUUCUCUUAGGGAUGUUUGCGUUCUGAUUUUUCUCCUUCCCCUGCUCUCCCCAGAGUUAUCUGCAAUGGCAAAUCAAUGAGAUUUAUCCACCCGUUAAACACCUUCUGCAGUUUGAAAAUUGGACUAAACAAUAUAAACAAGAACAACAAUAACAAAUGUUGGGUUUUUUCUGGUUUGUGUUUGGCAUGUGUGAUUUUUAUGCCUUUGCAGAAACAGCCAAAUGAUACAUUUAAACUUAAAAUGUUUCAUUUUUUUUAAGGGCAUAUGUAUAGGGCACACUUCAUUUGUUAACAUAAUGCUUUCAUAUGCCACGAAGCCACCUGCAUGCGAGCAUAGCUAUUAAAGCUUUUGUAAAAUAACGGACUGCAGCUAGUGUCUAAGCUAAGAUGCAUCAAAACUCACAAAUUAGCAUCUCCUUCACAACCUGGCUUCUCAGCAGACAAAGAGUUAAUGCUUGUUUGCUCUCCUAGAUUCCUGCCACUGUCUCCGGGUUAGUACAUUGCACAAAUGUCAGAAGGCUGGGUUGCUAAUGUGCAGACAAAUGGGAACCUCAUUCAGUCAGGUAUAUUAUGACUGACAAGUACUGGGCUGACCUCAAGUUAGUGGAUAUAUAAAGAGUGACACUGAUUAAACCAGGGCACUGCAUAAGAGCCCUAAUGAUUCUGGAAAUGAAAUAUUCUAGGAAGCCAUGGUUUUUUAACCCAGUCUCACUCUGUGGUUGGGGAAAGAAAACCCUCUCUUAAAAUGUUCCAAAGUUAAUUGAACAAAGCUAAUCAGCAUAAGACACCUCUUUGGCCAAAAUUAUAAUGAGAAGAAAC